AAUACUGUGCGCGCCCCUCUGUGUGGGGAUAAUAACAGUGUCGUGAUUGAGUUACAAUGCACAAUGGGUGAAAGAAGAAGAAGAAGAGAAAAAAAACCCGUCGAGCUUUGUCUAAUUGUUCCUUGACGGGGUCAGAGGGGACGGUGCGAUUGGCUGCUGCCUCCUGAGGCUGCGGGGCUGUCAGGGCUGCUGGGAGUGACACCAAGGUGACUGUAUAAAGUGCUGGCGCAGCAGUGCAGAGCGCUCCAGAGACCAGGGCACCAGCCAGAGUCUUCCCUGUGACCUCACCCAGCCGUGCGCCACCAGCACCAGCACCAGCACCAGCACCACAUCGGGACAUUACAGUGAUGACUGCAAAGGCAGAGCUUUCAGGCUGGCCGGAGUACCCGGAGGACUUCAGCCUGCUGCAGCAUCAGCGCAACCUGGCCCACAUCAACUCCAAGACAUGGAUUUCCUCCAGCUCUCUGCACGCGUUCUCCAGGCGGGACGCAGACCUCUCGCUGGACAAACUUGCGCCCAUGAGUGAACUCCCCGACUGCGUGUCCGCCUCCACAGAGACGGACUCCGACAAGGCGUCAGAGGGCGGCGCGGUGAGCCACUUCGGCCCCCAGAGACACAGGCGCGUCGCGGCCAACGCCAGGGAGAGGAGGAGGAUGCACGGCCUGAACAAGGCGUUCGACGAGCUGAGGAGCGUCAUCCCCUCCCUGGAAAACGAGAGGAAGCUGUCCAAGUAUGACACCCUCCAAAUGGCGCAGAUCUACAUCACCGAGCUGUCGGAGCUCCUGACAGGCGUGGUUCGCCCGGAGUGCAGGAGUCCAGACAAGACCGCCCGGAGGAAUCUGAUUCAGUCCCUGCAGCCCCCGAACCAGCUGACUGGGGACCAGCGGGACCCCUGCGCCUCCGUGGGCCACCUCAUAAUACUCGGCUCUCCAUCUGACCUGGGGUCAAGUAAAUCGACUUCUUCCAGCAGCAGUGAUGGAGAGUCAUCGCACUACAGUGACUUGGAGGAAAGUCAGAGCGGGAGACAGUAACAGAGACUUCACCUCCCCUGCAGAUCCGAUACAGACAGAACCAGAUCUCACACAGUCAGACAUGCUCUCCUGUCAUUUAGCCUAGAAGAUGCGCUGCCAAAUGGGAAAAAAAAAGCAGGUAACACUCAAAGGAAAGUCUGAGGCGUUGAACUUUUGUCUUCCACGGGGCCAUGAUGAACUCCCACAGGCCUUUUCUUAAUGCACUUUAUGGCCUGAACCAUCACUAAAGACAUUUUCAGUGUCAUUGGUGACAUUUGUCUAAAUUAACAAAAAAAAA